CCAGACCACUGCGCAGUGGGGCAGUUACAUACGGGGCGGGGGAGGGCACUGCUGGUCUUUCUGGAAGACAUUCCUCGCAGUCGGUGGUGAGGAUCGUCUGCAGUGCACACCAAAGCAUGCGACAGUCCGUGCGCCGCUCGCGCCCUGCAGGCGCCUAGUCUGCGCUGGGAUUUCCAGUCUUUGUCUUUUUUUUUGCAGUUUUUGGCCGGGGCCGGCGCCCCACUCCUUUGAGCCACGGGCGCUGUCCGGAUUUCCAGUCUCAACACCGAAAUGCGUUCGUCCCUGAAAUGAAGUCAGUCCUUAGAGGAAAUUCCACAAAGGACUCAAGCUGCCCUGGCCUUUAUCACUUGCUGAGCUGCCGGUGGCCUGCCUGCCGGACCUUAAAGCGGUCCCGGAGCGCGGAGUCCUCAGACAGGCGGCGGGCCCACCGCAGGCCUUUCCCGUUUGAAGAUUGCUGAGCCCGUUUCCUGUCGUUCGCGCGAGACCGAGAUGCUAUUCUCGCGAGAAGUCUGAGGGUAGCAGCGAUGGCGGCGGCGGGAAGCGGACCUGGCCCGGGAGUGGUUGCUGGACCUGGCCCAGGGGCAACCGCAAAUGCAUCUACCGCAGAAGAGGGGGAGACGAAGCCGGUGGCAGCGGUAGCAGCCGCUCAGGCUGGAGAGGGGACGUCGGCUGCUUCGGCAGCUGAGCCCAGUUCCGGAGAGGCUGAAAGCGGGGAUGCAAACAUGGUUGAUGUAAGUGGUGGUUUGGAGACCGAAUCCUCCAAUGGAAAAGAUACACUAGAAGGUGCUGGGGAUACUUCAGAAGUGAUGGAUACUCAGGCGGGCUCAGUGGAUGAAGAGAAUAGCCGACAAUUGGGAGAGGUAGAACUGCAAUGUGGGAUAUGUACCAAGUGGUUCACCGCGGACACCUUUGGCAUAGAUACCUCAUCCUGUCUGCCAUUCAUGACCAACUACAGUUUUCACUGCAAUGUAUGCCAUCAUAGUGGUAAUACUUACUUCCUGCGGAAGCAAGAUAUUAUACCAUUUAUUGAUAAAUACUGGGAGUGCAUGACAACCAGACAGAGACCUGGGAAAAUGACUUGGCCAAAUAACAUCGUUAAAACAAUGAGUAAAGAAAGAGAUGUAUUCUUGGUGAAGGAACACCCAGAUCCUGGGAGCAAAGACCCAGAAGAAGAUUACCCCAAAUUUGGACUUUUGGAUCAGGAUCUUAGUAACAUUGGUCCUGCUUAUGACAACCAAAAACAAAGCAGUGCAGUAUCUACCAGUGGAAAUCUGAAUGGGGGAAUUGCAGUGGGCAGCAGUGGAAAAGGAAGAGGAGCUAAGCGCAAACAGCAGGAUGGAGGAACCACAGGGACCACCAAGAAGGCUCGGAGUGAUCCUUUGUUUUCUGCUCAGCGCCUUCCCCCUCAUGGCUAUCCCUUGGAACACCCAUUUAACAAAGAUGGCUAUCGGUAUAUUCUAGCUGAGCCUGAUCCCCAUGCCCCCGACCCUGAGAAGCUUGAACUUGACUGCUGGGCAGGAAAGCCUAUUCCUGGAGACCUCUAUAGAGCCUGCUUGUACGAACGGGUUUUGUUGGCCCUACAUGACAGAGGUAAUCUUCAAGCUCCCUUAGGUUAUGAUAAAUUUAGCUAUUCUUGGCGGAGCAAAAAGGGAACCAAAUUCCACCAGUCCAUUGGGAAACACUACUCUUCUGGCUAUGGACAGGGAGACAUCCUGGGAUUUUAUAUUAACCUUCCUGAAGAAACAGAAACAGCCAAGUCAUUGCCUGAUACUUACAAAGAUAAGGCUUUAAUAAAGUUCAAGAGUUAUUUGUAUUUUGAAGAAAAAGACUUUGUGGAUAAAGCAGAGAAGAGCCUAAAGCAGACUCCUCAUAGUGAGAUAAUAUUUUAUAAAAAUGGUGUCAAUCAAGGUGUGGCUUACAAAGAUAUUUUUGAGGGGGUUUACUUUCCAGCCAUCUCACUGUACAAGAGCUGCACGGUUUCUAUUAACUUCGGACCUUGCUUCAAGUACCCUCCAAAGGACCUCACCUACCGCCCUAUGAGUGACAUGGGCUGGGGCGCUGUGGUGGAGCACACCUUGGCUGACGUCUUGUAUCACGUGGAGACGGAAGUGGAUGGCCGGCGCAGUCCCCCAUGGGAACCCUGACUAGGUCCUGCCUUCUUUUCAGACAUGAACUUUCUGGACAAGAAUACUGGGGUUUUGUUAUUAUUUCUGAACUAUCUCAGAUGUUCUCCCAAAGAUGCUACAGAACACAGCCUCUCCUCCCCGCAGGUUAAAAGGCUGGACAGUUCUGGGGGGGCUCCCUGCUCAUCAGCAUUCUCUCCCCACUUCCAGCGACUGCUUUUAUUCUGUGUGCCAUAAGCCAGCAACUCUGACCCCAGGACCUGUAAGCUCUCUGUGAACUUGGUGCUGUGCCACAUCCCCUGCCAGCUGGGACUUGUUACCUUACUGUGCUUUCUAAGAAGUAAAUGUUCUUGUCCAGAUGAGUAGCU